CACUGGAGAGAGGCAGAGCUCACUGUGGCUGCUUGCCCAGGAUAAAGCUGAGGACACUCUGCAAACUCGGUGCUUCUCUCCCCCUUCUCUGCAUUGCCGAGCAGACAGAGAAGUGGGAGCUUUGUGCCUGUCUGAACCAGUCGCCAUUGCCGGCUCGCCCAAGCAAAUGCCCCCUGGGACAUCUUCGGCGUACAAGCACUGAGUGGGCAUCACUCGGGCAUCUCCUCUUGAUCCCAUAACACUGUGGCUCAUCAACCCGUGGUUCAAAAAAGAGUAUGGCGGACAGCCAGCUGCCCUUCUCAUGCCACUACCCUGGGCGGCAUCGCAGCCUUCGCGACCCUUUCCGGGAACCCAGCCUCUCCUCUCGCCUUUUGGAUGAAGACUUUGGCAUGUCCCCCUUUUCGGGGGAUCUGACCGCAGACUGGCCAGACUGGGCCCGCUCGCGCCUGACCUCACCGUGGUCGGGCCCCAUUCGAUCUGGGAUGGUCCGAACCGCCGGCCUUUCCCCACCAGGCUACACCCGGUUCGGUGGGUACGCCGAAGGAGCGCCUUUUGGGGGCCCUCCCAUGCCCUUCACCGGGGAGCCCUGGAAAGUCUGUGUCAAUGUGCAAAGCUUCAAGCCAGAGGAGCUGACAGUGAAAACCAAGGACGGUUACGUGGAGGUUUCAGGUAAACAUGAAGAGCAACAAGUGGAAGGCGGAAUCGUAUCGAAGAACUUCACCAAGAAAAUCCAGCUUCCUGGCGAGGUGGAUCCCACCACGGUGUUUGCCUCCUUGUCCCCAGAGGGUUUGCUGAUCAUCGAGGCACCGCAGAUCCCUCCCUACUGCCAAUACGGAGACCUGAGCUACGGUGACGACAUCCCCGUUGACAACCAAGAAGCCACCUGUGCCUAAAGCAAAUUCCCCAGCACCAUCCCUUUCCCCUCUGCCCCCACCCUGCUGCCCAGGAUUGCCUUCCCCGGCUGCCAAUUUGAGGUUGUACAUUUCCUUAUCAAAGCCCAUUCCUGACCCAUUCUCCACUGGCUUCCCGCAAUGACUUGACUGGAUCUGCAUGGAAAUAUAUGAGAGCACCUCAGUCCAACUGCUAGUCCCACCGUGAGUUGACCCACUGAAUCUGUGGAAGAGGCCUAUAUGCAGACUUUAUUGCAAGUCGUCCAAUGUUUUGCAGCAGUUUGCUUUGGCCAGAGCCAACUGGGAAGGGCAAAAACACUGCACUUCCUCUCUCCUCUACACAGUUAAUAGAGUCCCUUUGAACUCCAGACGAUGAACUGGGGGCGCUCUCCACGAAUCACGUCUCCACCUUGAUUCGAUGCAUUUGCUCCAAUAAUCUUCAGCUGGAAAGGACCCAACAAAUGCAUACAUCUGAAAAGGAAUAUCUGAGGAAUUUGAGGAAAAAAGACAGAGGUUGAGAUCUUCUGAACCCCUGCCACAUCCUUGGGCCAUCUCAGAGUUGAAACCCAACAUUGGCUCAUGGCAAACCCAGAAUGAGUUCAUAUGGUGGUCUCCUACUAAAAAUCUGGAGUUCUGACAGUGGCUGAAGGAUUGUUGUGUGCCUUCAAGUCAUUCAGUUUGAAGGAUUAUGGGUUUUUCUGAAGCUGAGAGUAUGUGACUUGCCCAAGGUCACCCAAAGGGUUUUCAUGGCUGAGCAGAGAAGCAAACCCUGGUCUCCAGAGACACAAUCCAACACUCAAACCAUGAUACUGGCUCUUUGAUGGAUAUUGCAUAGCCAUGGCAAACCUUAUAUCAAAGCCUGGUUCCAAUCUAUCCAUAGCUGCCCAAGUUGAGGAGACCCAACCAUUCUUCAGUCCACAUCCCAGAGUACUUCCUCUUUAAACAAUUCGCUUCUCCUGAUUAGGGGGCAGGGCGAUGGCUGCCAUUGUCCUCCUUGAGUAUAUAAAGGCUCAUUAGCCUUCAGUGAAGCAGCAUUCAGAUCCUGGUCUUACAGCCUUUGGUUCCUGUGACUCAAAUAGUUUAUCACUUGGAUAUGUGUUGCCUUCUUCCUCCAAUCAAACAAAGAAAUUCUCUAAGAAUAUUUGGAAUCUCUAAACUUAAAAGUUCAAGGCUUUCACAAAGGGAUUGACAGAAAAUGGCAUUUCUCAGAGUUCAUGCUGAAGAGACUGUCUUGAUCCACUUGGAGCGUCUAACCCAUUAUUAUCCAUCAUUCUUGGGCCAUGGACCGCCCAGAGCUCACCAAAGUGUUUUCUCAACCAACUACUGAUUUUAUUCUAUUUUUAUUUUGCACCAAUGUCUUUUUUCCCCCCAAGUUGGGACGAUCCAUCUGUGUUUACACGUGCUCCUGGAGUGUGGAUGAUAUGCUGCCAAUGAAACUGAGAUUUCUUUGGGGCACUUUUCUGGACUGCUUCUCCACUACGAAGCAAAGCGUGAGAUUUCAAUCACAUAUGUGCUUCUAUAAAACACACCCUUGGCCAAUGGAUUCCCUGGAAGGGCCCAUGCUUUUAUCAAGGUCUUACCUGCUCCUGUGUUUAUUGUCUCUGUCUUUAACCUACUUUGGGUGUGUGUGAGUUUAUAUUUAUGACAAUAGGAAGAUGUAGGUGAAAUGUGGAGUUUUCCCAACCUGACCAAGCUAUGCUUCUCUCUCUUUCUUUCUGCCAGAAAGCCCAUGUGAAUAACAAGCCUAGAUCUGUAUUGGAGGGGUUGACAUUGUAGAGUGAAAACCAUGAAAUGAAUGAAAUAGUUGACAGUCUGGAAUAUUUUCUUCUUUCUCCCUAAGAGCCCUGUGCUCUUCUGUGACAAAUAAACUUAUGCUGACGUUUUUAA